CUCCCCUGCAUGCGUUUCUCUCCUCUCUCUCUCUCUCUCUCUCUCUCUCUCCUCCUGCGGUGCGGUGCGGUGCGGUGCUUCGAUCGGUGAGAGAUGGGGAAUCGGAGGACGAAAAGAGACAGGGUGACCGCGGCUCUCGGGUGGGCCCGGAGGCAGCCGGUGAAGCGAAGGUGACGGCGGGGGCGGUGACCGCACUCUCUCGUCAUCUCGGCGCUGAGGGCGUUCGUACCGAAUCAUGACCAUUUCUACGUCAUGGCCGAGGUCGUCCACGCGGCCGGGCUUGUUGUUCUCGCCUUCAAACUCACCCGAACAAAUACUUGCUCAGGUCUCUCACUGAAGUCUCAAGAGCUGACUGCAAUAUUCUUGGCAGUAAGAUUAUACUGCACUUGGAUCAUUGAACAUGACAUCCAUCUAAUCCUUGAUUUUGCUACACUAAUUGCAACCAUUUGGGUUAUAUACAUGAUGCGAUACAAACUGAAUUCGAGCUACAUGAAGGAAUUGGAUAAUAUGCCAAGAUACUAUACGAUAGUUCCUUCCUUUGUUCUAGCCAUAUUUAUACAUCCUUUUAUCCCCAAGAUCUUAUUCGGCAGAAUGUUUUGGGGGUUCUGUGUAUACCUCGAAUCUGUAUCGGUUCUUCCUCAACUUCGCUUGAUGCAAAAUGCAAAGAUAGUUGAACCAUUUACAUCACACUAUGUAUUUGCACUCGGCAUUGCACGAUUCUUGGGCUUCGCACAUUGGAUAAUUCAGUUCAUUGAAACUCGGGGAGCAUUCUUAUUUGCACCGGGGAUGUUUUGGUUGCCUGCACACUUUAUUGCAGAAUUAAUUCAAACAUUCAUUUUAGCUGAUUUCUGCUAUUACUAUGUUAAAAGCUGUAUGUCAGGCCAAGCUUUGGUGAUGCUCCCAGUGUGAUAGUGAUGCUGCCAGUGUCAUGAAUAGAUGGUACUGGCCAAGCUAAAAUGGAUAGAGAGUUAUGAUUGUUUGGUUACUAUCUUUAAACUUUAGGUGCAUUGAGUUUAGUCAAUGGAAUUUUUAUGGAAGUAUUUGAAUCCCUUUUUGUGACGAGGGCUGCCAAAAAAAAUACAUCAACCUUUUGCAGAAAAUUUUAUCUUAUGUAACUCCCAUGGAUGAGAGCGUAUGUUGGCUUAAUUUCAAUAAGUUUUUCUUUAAA